AUGUGGAACUUCUACAAGAAGACCCCCAAGAUAUGGUUCUCUGACCAAGGAGGGGAGUUCGACAACAAGGAACUUGCUAGGGAAGCCCAGGCUGAAGACAUCAGAUGGGAAUUCUCAGCCCCAUACACUCCUGAGCAGAAUGGGAUUGCAGAAGCUUCCAACAAGGUUGUGGUGAACAAGGCAAGAGCUAUGAUGAUAGACUCUGGCCUCCCACAAUUCAUAUAG